AAGCCUCCGGUCUCCAGCAGAGCAGCGGGAUUCCGUGGAGGAAGGUUUCGAAGUCGCGAGAGAAGUCACCGACUCAGCAUGGCCAGCCAGCGAGAGGAAAGAUACACCUAUGAGGAUUGUAAGUGGACAGCAGAUUGGCUCCUGAGUAACACCAAGCAUCGGCCCAGAGUGGCUAUCAUCUGUGGCUCGGGACUUGGUGGGCUGGCUGACCUCCUGAAGGACCAAAUUGUGUUUGAAUAUGCUAAGAUCCCCAACUUUCCCCAGAGCACAGUUGUAGGCCAUGCCGGAAAGCUGGUGUUUGGGAACUUGAAUGGGACGCCGACUGUGGUGAUGCAAGGUCGCUUCCAUAUGUAUGAAGGUUACCCGCUCUGGAAGGUGACCUUCCCAGUUCGGAUCUUCCAUCUGAUCGGCGUAGAGACCCUCAUUGUCACCAAUGCAGCUGGAGGACUCAAUCCGGCCUACAAAGUGGGGGACAUCAUGGUGAUCCGGGACCACAUCAACUUGCCUGGGUUUUCUGGGCAGAACCCUUUGAUGGGACCAAAUGAUGAGAGGUUCGGGGUGCGCUUUCCGGCCAUGUCGGAUGCCUACAAUGAAGACUUGAGAAAACUGGCUUUCACGGUGGCCUCCGAAAUUGGCUGUUCCAGUUGCAUGCGGGAAGGCAUCUACUGUGCCCUGGGAGGCCCCAACUACGAGACCAUCGCCGAAUGCCGCUUCCUGCAGAGGCUGGGCGCUGAUGCUGUGGGCAUGAGCACGGCCCCUGAAGUCAUCGUGGCCCGUCACUGCGGCAUCCGGGUCUUUGGGUUCUCCCUCAUCACCAAUAAGGCCAUUCUGGACUAUGACACCCAAGAAAAGGCCAACCACGAGGAAGUGUUGGAAGCCAGCCGCCAAAGCGCCCGCACCCUUGAGAAGCUGGUCUCCAUGAUGGUGCAGCGCAUUGAACCCAACAACAACCUAGCCUAGGGCCUGUCCAGCUCACAAUCAUUCAUGUGACUUUGGGCAAGGACUGAGUAUGUUUCUCAUUAAUCCUGCUGCUAAGCUUCCCACUCUCGGGUGGUUCAGAAGUUUUGGUCCGGAACGUUGCCAGGAGUGGAAUUAACAUCCUUCUGAUCCUGCCCAAAGUCUGUAGCCUCUGACCAAGAAGCCCCCUCUGUCUGCCUGCUUUUCUCCUUCGGUGUCUUACUUCUGCACAUUGGCAAUUCAUGUCCCUGCAAUGUCACCUGAUCUCUGUUGAAGUCCUUCAGGAUCCCUGAUGAAGCAGAGCACUUGAGAAGUUGCCUUUUCCAUGGCCUGUUGCAUUUUAAAAUUGGGGAUGUGAGGAAUCUAGAAGUCUGUUUCCUGUUUCAAAAUGGCCGUUCUCUCAUCAACAGUCAAGCAGGAGCUGGCUGCUUGGUUUUUAUGGUGCCACUUCGUUUCUGCUUGAGGCUUUGCGUUCAGUUUUCUGUAUCCUAAAAUCAUAGUUGGAGGGGAAUCAGAGGCCACUGAAUUCAAUCUGUUAGAUGCUGGGGUGUUGUCCUGCAUUUGGGCAUUCUGAGUAGGAUUUCUGAAUUGCUAUGCAAUAACUUGUUUGGCCUCUCACGCUUACGAUACUUGAAAUAUUAUUUGUGGUGGCUUCUUCUUGCAAUGUCCUUUGGUCCCUGCUGUCAUCUGUUUAAGCUUCGUGUUAUUCCCUGGAACUAACCUUGGAGGAAAACAUCUUUCCAGCAAGGCUUGUGACCCAAAUAAGCUACUGAAUUGCUCAGAAUUUGAAUUCAUCAUCUCCAGGCAAUGAGCAGAUGGGAUCUUUUUCUCACAAAAUGUAGACACAGUGAUAAAUGUAUGUCAGGGUCCAUGUCAAAUUUAACCCAACUGAAAGCUCCUCCAUAUCAACUAGAAUAAAAGACCCUCCUGCAUAUAAAAAUUAAGUGCAUAUGCUUUGGGUUAGAACUCUGAAUUGCUAGUAUUCUUCGAGGGGGGGCAGGGUCUGUCUGUCCUUGUGUGUUGUGGAGCCUUUAGAGAUGCCUGGCCUUCAACUUGAAUCUCUUCUGUAAGAAGAAUCUUUGAGAAACACGUAAGAAGGAGAGCAAGGCCUACUCAGAAGUGUCUCAUUAUCUUUCUUUAACCACAGUCACACGUUCUUGUUGAGGGGGCUGCUAUCCCCAAGGAAAAUGGGUAUUCUUAUGUCUUCUUCUCAGUUUCCCUUAGCUUCCAGAUCUACCACGUUCCCAAUCAGGUAAUGGUUUGGGAUUAAGUGUGGAUUUCCAGUCCUCCUCUAACAAUGUGAUUGGACCAUUGAACCUGAAAAAUUCUGGUCCACAGAGAAACUGUCAAUGCACUGUUUUUGCAAGCAGCCAAUGGGCUUGGGAAUCCCAAAUCCAUUAAGUGAUCAGGAGCAAACUUCAUCCAAAUUCAGCCCUAUCCAGAGAUUUGUUUGCACCUAGCUAUUGUCAGGUGCAGGUAGAGGAACCCAUCUCCCUGCCCCCAUCACAUCUGGGGAGUGGGGAAUCCUCUAUUUGUUAUUACUGUUAAUCGUAUCUUCUUAGCCUAAUGAUGCUGGGUGUCUCAGGGGAAACAAGGGGAUGCAAUUGAUGACACAUGGUGAUGGUGUCAUCACCCAUGUGUCAUUUGGACAUCAUGGUGGCUUGUUACAAAUGCUGCUGCUGUGGCUCACGCCUCUUUUAAAGUAAGAGUGAAUGAUAGGAAGUUUGGAGCUCCUAGUGAGCCACGCAGUGUAUCUUGAUGUGAAGGAACAUGUCUACAGCUCUGGUGGAAGUGUCUUUGUUCUGAUUUUGUCCCAGGAUUCAGCUGCUUUUUCUGAUUUAAGAAGUUGUUUCUAUAGCAGAGGCCAGUUGCUUCCCCAGAUUUGUUACAUUCUGGGCUGAAUGCACUCGUGAGGGACAGAGGUGUUGGAGAAGAGAACUACUGGUGUAAACAUUUGUGGCUCAGAUUGCUGCAAAGCCAGGUAAUGUGGGCACUGUAGUGAUCGAACGAGUUGUCAAAUAAUCAAUCCUGGUGUGUUCUCAUAUUUUCCACAAUGAUGUGCAAAACUUAAGAGGUGGAAGUUUUUGCGCGAGAGAGAGAGAAGUAAAUUGCAACUUAAGUUCUGCAUACCCAGUUUCCCUUUGAGGUACAGCUGCAAAGUCCAGCUGAAAAGCUGGCUUAAAGGAGACCUCCCAGCGCACUGAAAUCCACACCCCCAAAUAGUCAGUUGGCCUCUUCUGUUGUGUAAAGGUACUAUUCCAAAAUAUAAUACUAAUUUUUUUCUGGUAAAUCCUCUUUUUCCCCCAUUCACCUUUCUGAUUCUCUCUUUCCCUUUCCCCUCAUCCUGGGAUCAAAAACGAACUCUUGCUAUCUUUCAAACAACGCUGAAGAAUUAAAGCAGACACAGAAGAAAUUGAUGAGGAAUAGCGGCUCACCAAAUAUGAAUGUUUCAAAUUAGACAUAUAUUUUUUUAGAGCAUCCGCAAUCUGCACUUUUUAUUUUAUUUAAUGGAGUCCCCAUUUAUUAAUUAUAAUGUAAGUAAAUAAUAAAGUUAAGUUGGAAUGAGUA